AUGUCUGACACCGUUCAACGUGAUCUAUCCUCAGUUGCCUACUACAACUACUUGAUGGCAAACAUUAAAAUGAGGAGUAGUGAGAAGGGAAAGAAGAAGUCCAGACCUUCAUCCUCUUCGCCAUUGUCAUCAUCUACAUCAUCUCCAAAGAGUCUAAUAAGCAGUCAAGAUCAAGUACCUGUUGUUCCAAGUUCGCCAACAUCCACAUCUACAAGCCCUGUAAUGCCAAUGUCGAUGGCCAGACAUAGCCGAGCUCAUUACUAUGACCAAGUUGAACCAACACAUUCAACCCGUACCCUAGUUCCAAAGACUGCCACGAGCAACAAGGAUAUAUAUAAGUUGAGUCCUGCACACCAACAUCAACAACAACAACAAUAUCAUAGACAACAAUACCAACAUCAACUACAACAACAAUAUUAUCAACAACAACAAUAUCAACAACAAUACCAAUAUUUUAAACCAUCGGACAAUAUGACCGGUGGCAAGUAUCAGACUUCAACUCGAUCGUCAUCACCAACUUCAUCAUUAUCAUCACUAUCGACUCUAUCAUAUUUAUCAUCACUAUCAUCCUCAUACUCUCCAAUUUCAUCACCAACUCUAUCAUCCAGUGGUAGUAGUCCACUAAUGCAACAUCAACAACAACACAAGUUGUACAACCUACCGAAGUUGAACAGAAGCUAUGAGGGCAGGAGAGUCAACAACAACAACAAUUCACAAGAGAUAGCCAAUGGCUAUGAAAACAACAAUGGAACCAUUGAGAUAAUAUAUUAA